CCUGUUCACUUUUGGAUAAAGCCAGAACAGCCCUGGAGCCGCCUGCACGUAGAUUUCGCUGGACCCGUUCGAGGUGAAAGUUUUCUCGUUGUGGUGGACGCCUUUUCUAACUGGGCCGAAGUCGAGAUUAUGCCGUCCACGAAAUCAGCUGCAGUGAUUACGGCGCUGAGGAAGCUAUUCGCGACACAUGGGUUGCCCGACGUAAUUGUGUCGGACAACGGAACGGCGUUCAAAAGUGCAGAAAUGAAAGAGUUCCUGAAACUUAAUGCUGUUCGCUUCAUCUACACAGCCCCGUACCAUCCUGCGAGCAAUGGCAGGGCAGAAAGAAUGCACACGACACCACACUCGGACACCGGGAAGACUCCGGGAGAGGUGAUGAUGGGCCGGAGGCUGCGGUCGCCGUUGGACAGACUGCAUCCUGACCUCCAGAGAGAUCCAGGAGCGGAUCAACCAAAGGUCAAGCGGUUCUACGUAGGCGACACCGUCUACGCCCGAAAUUUUGUGACGGGACCACGAUGGAAAGCAGCAAAGGUUGUUGCAGUCACAGGACCAGUCUCCUACAAGGUACAGCUGGCCAAUCGAGAAGUUCAUCGCCGUCAUCGUGAUCACCUCAGGAAGGCUUGGCUUGACUGGGAUGAGAACCUUGAAGCUGACAUUGACUACGACGUCAAGCUGCCACUAACGGCUGCGCCUGGACAUGGAACGCCACAAGCAUCUCCUGCCAGGCGAAACCCAGAAAGACCUGUUCCUCAGGUUGUGCCAUCGCCAGCGGCUCAGCCGGAGCAGCCGCUCAGAAGAUCAGCAGGAGAGCGACGUCCAGUCAUCCGCUACGGAACUGAUCCUACCUAA